UUCUGUCUCUUCUUCUGCUCGACAGGUGCUUCUGUUCGGUUCGGUCGGGAUUCACGGUGUGCAGGUUUUCCGGUUUUUCUGCCGGUGCUGGUUUUAUGUAACCGACGUUGUUUACCGGUUUUGGACGGUUUUCCUCUUCGGUAGGAAAUUAUUAAUGAGGCUGGAUGUUAUUAAAAUCAGAUAAAUUUCUUUCUGUGCUGCUGAUAAUCUGUCCGCUGCAAUAAUCGAGAAUAUCCUCCAGCUUCACUGCAAACUUUCACAGCCGUUUUUUAAAGUAUUGCAGUUUUAUCCGCGCCCACUUUGAUCUACUAGUCCAGGCGUCUGCAGCAGCGAUGGAGCCAACGUGGGCUAAAACCUUAUUGCUAACAGGAGGAGUUCUGCUUGUUCCUGUUUUCGCCCUCGUUACGUCCGUGGUGUUCUGGCCCGGAGUGCUGCUGAAGGCCUACAACUGGUACAAUCGGCGCUUGCAGGGCAUGGCGGUCCGCUACUCCCACAGCGGAAGUUACCGCUUCUGUUAUUCCACCCGCGGGACACCAGGGGGCGCCACGCCGUCGCUGCUGCUGCUUCACGGGUUCGCCGCCUCCAAGGACAUGUGGCUGCCUGUCGUCAUGUACCUCCCCAGAAACCUGCAUGUGGUUUGUUUGGACAUGCCUGGACAUGAAGGGACGAGUCGAACUGGUGCAGAAGAUUACAGCAUCCAGGGUCAGGCCAGGCGAGUCCAUCAGUUCGUCCGCAGCGUCGGUCUGGAUAAAUCGCCGUUCCACCUGGUCGGCGCCUCCAUGGGCGGGAACGUGGCGGGCGUCUACGCCGGUCUUUACCCGGCUGACGUCUGCAGCCUCACCUUGGUGUGUCCAGCAGGUCUGGUUUACCCCACAGAGUCCAGCUUCAUCGUCCUUCUGAAGGAGCUGGACCUGGAGAAGCCCAUCGCGCCCAGCAAGCCCAUCCCGCUCAUCCCGCUCAUCCCCACCUCUAUGCAGGAGCUGGAGGCCAUGCUGAAGCUGUGCUGCUACAAAUCGCCCACAAUCCCCCGCCAGUUCCUCCGGGGCCUUCUGGCCAACAGGAUCCCAAACAACAACUUCUACAGAGAAGUGUUCCUGGAGAUCGUUGGGGAGAAAUCUCGGCACUUGCUGCAGGAACACCUGAAUCUGAUCACAGCGCCCCUGCAGGUCAUCUGGGGGAAGAACGACCAGAUCCUGGAUGUUUCUGGAGCCGCGGUGAUCCAGAAGGCGCUGCCUCACUGCCAGGUGGAUUUGCUGGACAACUGCGGUCACGCCAUUGCCUUGGAGAGGCCGAGGAAAUUUGCUAACCUUGUGCUGGACUUCCACAAUAAAGCAAAGAAACAAGCCUGAGCGAAGGAGGAGCCAAAACCAGAACUUAAAGCAUUUAUUUUAACUGACAGAUGAGUCUCUUCUUGUUAGCAAAAAUCAUUCCAGGGGAGGAAUUUGACUAAUUGUUCUUCUGAAAAAUAGUUUGUUUUUUUCCCCUUUUUUGUAAUGAAGAAAUUAUGAUAUUAACUUCACAGGAAAUGAGACUAAAAACCAGAACCGAGGGUAAAUUCUGAUUCCUGACUAAUUUUUAUUCUGUUUGUAAACUAAAAAUAUCGAUGAAUGAGUUAACAGAAUGACUUUGCACAAAUAUUUCUCAAGGGUUGAAAAAUUAAAUUAAAAGAAGAGGAAACUGGGUUUGAUUCUUUUUUUUUUUUUUGCUUGCGGUAACAUCAUUUAGCCACUGGAGGGCAGCACCCUACACCGCUUUAACAUCUCUGUCAAAGAGUAAACAAACUAUCCAAGA